AUGGCGUCUUCGACAUCCUCCCACUCCGACCCCGACGCCAUCCAAAAAGCAGAAGCAGAUCACCUCGAGAACUCGGCCAUCAAUCCUCGCUGGACACCUGGAUAUGGCCCUCUAUCACGCAUCCCCACCGAUGAAUCCUAUCUCCCUGCCUUUGGAGGUGCUUUUCAACCCGGCCUCUACAAACCCCCAGACCGCAAGUUCGCGAACCCGGCGCCAUUGGGAUUGGCCGGCUUCGCAUUGACGACNUUUUUGCUCAGCUUGAUUAAUUUGGGGACGAGGGGUAUUGCGACGCCUAAUAUUAUUGUUGGACCUGCGUAUGCGUAUGGAGGCUUGAUUCAGAUUUUGGCUGGCAUGUGGGAGAUGGCUGUGGGUAACACUUUUGGUGCUACGGCCUUGACAUCGUAUGGUGGCUUUUGGAUUGGCUUGGGUAUUAUCUUUACACCAGGCGGUUUCGAGAUUGCAUCGGCGUAUGGAGGUGCAACACCAGCAUUCUACUCUGCCGUAGGAUUCUAUCUUUACGUACGUGUCCCCUCGCACCACCAUCUCCCGAGAAGCAAAUCACUAACACCACACACANNGGGCUGGUUCAUCUUCACCUUCCUCCUCUGGCUACUCACCCUCCGCUCCACCGUCGCCUUUUCCUCCCUCUUCUUCUUUGUAUGGCUUACCUUCCUCAUGCUGGCGACCGGAUACAUGUAUACCUCCACCAUCGACGGCGUCACUGCUCCCAACAACAGUCUCAAUCUCGCGGGCGGUGCUUUUGGCAUCAUUGCCGCAUUCAUCGCUUGGUGGAAUAUGUUGGCUGGUAUUGCCGACAGAGGAAACAGUUUCUUUUUGGUGCCUGUUGCGCAUUUCCCUUGGAGCGAGAAGGGCAGACAGAGGAAGAGGGAGAAGGCGGAGAGUAUUAGGGAUGUUGAGAAGGGUGAUUAG